AUAAAUAGCAGAGCAGAUUCAAAAGACACAUAACACAACAUAAAUUUACACAAAAUAUAUUCAAUUCAUUUCAAACAUCAUCAAAAUCCUCGAAAAUCAUGUCUAAAUCCUCUGUUUUCAGUAGACCAAGAUUGGUUGUCAAUAAAAUCUUGGCCAGAGCUCAGAACGAAGGUGAUGGUGCUGUUGUUAGGAGAAGUAUUGGAAGGCCUGAAUUGCAGAAUCUUGAUCCAUUCCUCAUGUUAAUUGAGUUUAGUGUUUCACCACCUGCUGGAUUUCCUGAUCAUCCACACAGAGGUUUUGAGACAGUAACUUACAUGUUACAGGGAGGUUUUACUCAUCAAGAUUUUGCUGGUCACAAGGGUACAAUCAGGACGGGCGAUGUGCAGGUAAUGUUUAUUCUCGAGAUUUACCUAANGUCCAAGGACAAAAUGAUUGAGCCAAGGUAUCAAGAACUGCUACAUGAGAACAUACCAAAGGCAGAAAAAGAUGGCGUUUCGGUCACUAUCAUAGCAGGGGAAUCCAUGGGCGUAAAAUCUCAGGUUUUCACACGAACGCCUACAAUGUACCUUGAUUUCACCCUAAAACCAGCUUCUGAACAUCAUCAACCAAUCCCCGACUCCUGGAAUUCCUUCGUCUACAUAAUAGAAGGGGAAGGCGUCUUUGGCUCUUCGGAUUCAACGCCUACACCAGCUCACCAUUGCUUAGUUUUAGGCCCUGGAGAAGGUCUAAGUGUGUGGAAUAAAUCUUCUAAGCCAUUGAGGUUUGUUUUGAUAGGUGGACAGCCGAUUAACGAGCCGGUCGCGCAAUAUGGUCCUUUUGUUAUGAACACUAAGAAUGAGAUAAUGCAGGCUUAUCAAGAUUAUCAACUUGGGAAGAAUGGAUUUGAAAGGGCAAGGCACUGGAAUUCUAAAUAAGCAUACAGAGCUACAUUUUAUAGUUCAAAAAUAAGCUUACAAAUUGCAUUAUUUAAUAGUUUUCUGAUAAAUGUUGUGGAUUUCAACUUUUUUAUAGUCUUUUUUUUGCUUUUGAAAUAUGAUGUGUUUUCAAUUGAAGUUUAGGUUUUCAUUUCCUUCAUUUGUUCAAGAGUGCAUUGAUAGUAAUUCUUGUAGCCAUAGUGGAAAAUAUGUUCAGUUCUUGAAUGAUAAAUUACCUUCUGUUUGGAUCA